GCCGCGGCGGCUGUCACGGGGCGAGCGGGCCGCACCGGGCUCCUGCGGGGCGGGGGCGGCGCUGCGCGGGCCCCCGCGGCUUCCCUUCGGCCUGGCCGCGGCCGCCCGGCGGCAUCCGCGCUCUGCCACCAUGUUCAGGCGGAUUCUGCAGCGGACUCCAGGUAGAGGUGGGUCUCAGAGUUCAGAUUCAGAUUCAUCUGCCACACCUGGAAAUGCCGUGGACGUGAACAACGAAGGCUCCUCAGAGGGCUUCAUCUGUCCAUUGUGUAUGAAAGUGUGUGUAACUCCCACUGAUCUGUCUGAACAUUACCAGAGUGAGCAUACUGGGACAGAAGGAAGACAGGAGCUUCGGGACCUCGCAGCUGUUAGUGGCUUUAUUUGUCCUCUCUGUAUGAAGUCUCAUGGAUCAGCGGAGGAGCUGUUCAAGCACUAUGAAGCAGUUCAUAAUUCUGGCAUUGAUUCAACUCAUGGAGGGGAAAGUCAUCUGUCACCAGAAAGAGAUGAAGUAUCACUGCUCCGACAAGAAGUCCAAGACUUGCAAGCUUCACUGAAGGAGGAGAGAUGGUAUUCAGAAGAGCUGAAGAAAGAACUAGAGAAAUUGCAGGGGCAGCAGCAGCAAGAUUCUAAAUCUGAUGGAUUGACAACAGCUACGUCUACAGAAUCAUUAGAACGGCAACUAGAAGAGAUCCAAGUAGAAAAUUUUAACAUUAAGCAAAUGAAAGACUUAUUUGAGCAAAAAGCAGCACAACUGGCCACUGAAAUAGUGGAUCUUAAAUCCAAGUAUGAUGAAGAAAUCAGCCUUCGGGAAGGUGCAGAACAGAAAGUGACAAACCUGAGACAAGAACUGCAGAAAGAGAGAAGUACGGUAGAAGACUUAAAGACAGAGCUGCUGCAAAGGCCUGGUGUGGAAGAUGUGGCUGUCCUGAAAAAGGAGCUGGUCCAAGUUCAAACACUAAUGGAUAAAAUGACCCUGGAACGUGAAAGAGAAUCUGAAAAGCUGAAAGAUGAGUGCAAGCACUUGCAGGCAAAGCAGGCUAACUCUGAGGCUACCAUUAACCAAUUAAAAGCUGAACUUGCCAAAGGACCUCAGGAGGUAGCUGUGUACGUUCAGGAGCUGCAAAAACUUCAAAGUUCAGUCAAAGAGCUAGAACAGAUGAAUCAGAGUCUGACUGAGAAGCUGCUGAAGAAAGAACAGGAGUACACCCAGCUGGAAGAAAAACACAAUGAAGUAUCUGUGAGUAAGAAGAAUGUGCAGGCAAGUUUCCACCAGAAGGACCUGGACUGCCAACAGCUUCAGGCAAAGCUGUCUGCAUCUGAAGCCUCAGUACAGAGAUUACAGACAGAGCUAGGUGAGAAGGCAGAAGCAAGUCAGAAACUUAAAGAGGAGUUGUCUGAAAUAGAGACAAAGUACCAGCAUCUCAAGGCGGAAUGUAAACAGCUCCAGCAGCAGAGGGAAGAAAAAGAGCAGCAUGGACUGCAACUCCAAAGUGAGCUCAGUCAGUUGCACAGUAAACUCCUAGAAACAGAGCGCCAGUUGGGGGAAGCACAUGGGCGGCUCAAGGAACAGAGGCAGCUGUCCAGUGAGAAACUGAUGGACAAAGAGCAGCAGGUGGCUGACCUACAAUUAAAACUUUCUCGUGCUGAAGAGCAGCUAAAGGAAAAAGCAGCAAAUUCCACAGAAUUGCAACAUCAAUUAGAAAAGGCAAAGCAGCAGCAUCAGGAGCAGCAGACGCUUCAACAAAAUACAACAGCAAAACUACGAGAAGCCCAGAAUGAUCUGGAGCAAGUACUACGACAAAUUGGAGAUAAGGACCAAAAAAUUCAAAAUCUUGAGGCUUUGCUUCAAAAAAGUAAGGACAACAUCUCUCUGUUAGAAAAGGAAAGAGAGGACUUAUAUGCAAAAAUUCAAGCUGGUGAAGGAGAAACUGCGGUUCUUAACCAGCUACAAGAGAAAAACCAUGCAUUACAAAUACAGGUAACUCAGCUGACAGAGAAGCUGAAGAAUCAAUCAGAAAGUCAUAAACAAGCCCAGGAGAAUUUACAUGAACAAGUGCAGGAACAAAAGGCUCACCUAAGAGCUGCUCAAGAUCGUGUGCUUUCCCUGGAAACAAACAUCACUGAACUAACCAGUCAGUUAAAUGAAAGUAAAGAGAAAGUGUCACAACUUGAUGUGCAGGUAAAAGCAAAGACUGAAUUGCUACUUUCAGCAGAAGCAUCAAAAGCAGCUCAGAGAGCAGAUCUACAGAACCAUCUGGACACUGCCCAGAAUGCACUGCAAGAUAAACAACAGGAGUUAAAUAAGGUCAGCACUCAGUUGGAUCAGGUUACAGCUAAGCUGAAUGACAAGCAGGAAUACUGUACUCAGCUGGAAGCCAGUCUUAAAGAGUACAAAGAAAAAUGCCUUUCUUUAGAGCAGAAAACUGAAGAACUAGAGGCACAGCUUAAGAAACUUGAAGGUGACAUUCUUGAUGCUAGAGCAAGUAAAGAUCAAGCUCUUCAGGAGUUACAGCAGCAGCGGCAUCAGUCUCAAGAAUUAGACCUCCGGACAGCAGAACUGAGUAAACAACUUGAAGCAGCAAGAGAAGCGAUGUCUAAUGCUCAGUUGGAUUUGCAGAAGAAAUCUGAGGCCCUUGACCAAGCAAACCAACAAAUUUCAAAGCAGGAGGCAGAAAAGGCCAGUCUCAAACAAAACCUUGAGAAAUCAAAUCAAGAUACAAGUAAACAGCUCAAGGAACUUGAUUGUAAAAUGCAAGCAGCCACAUCAGAGCUGCAACAAGUGAAAUUAGAGAAGGACACUCUAUUAAAGGACCUUACAGAUACCAAAGAUAAGCUCUCAAAAAGCUCUGAAUCCUUCAAAAAAAGAAAGGAGGAAUUAGAAAAAGAAAUUAAAAAAGGAAAAGCAGUUAUUGCAGAAAUGGAAAAGUCUUGCCAAGAAUUAAAACACCAGCUUCAGAUACAAACAGAGUCUGUAGCUAAAGAGAGGAAUGAAUUGAAAAACUCACUGGAGAAAAAGGAGGGGAUUUCUAAGCAGUUGUCUAUAGACCUUGAUGCAGCAAGAGCACAAGUAUUGGAAAUCCAGGGUCUUCUGAAGGAAAAAGAAAAAAGUGAGCAACAUCUCCAGGGAAAGCUGACAGAGUUAAAGGAAUCUUUUGAACAGAAGAAAAAGCACAGUGAGACACUGCAAGCUGAAUUAAAAACUGCCCUUUUAGAAAAGGCAGAGCUGGAGAAUAAACUACAACAACAGUCUAUUUUGUCAGCUCAGGAGCUUAAAGCAGAGAAAGGCAAGCUAACAGACUUACAGAAGGCCCAUGAUAAACAUAAAGAAAACAUGGAGAAGCUGCAGCUGGAUCUUUAUGGGAAAGAGUCUGAGCUGCUGGCAACCAGGCAAGACCUUAAGUCCACAGAAGAAAAACUUGCUCUUGCUCAAGAAGAAUUAGUUUCCAGCAGGAAUCGAAUUGCUAGCAAUAAUCAACAGAUUCAGGAACUGAAGAAAGCUAAGUCUACACUGGAGCAGGAUGCAUCAAAGAAAGAACAGCAGCUGGGUGAGAAGACCAAAAUGCUACAAGAUCUUCAGAAUGACAGGAUUUUGAAAGAAAAAUAUUUGGCCAAUGAAAAAUGUAAAACAGCAGAACUCCAGGAAAUAAGGAGUAGACUUGAAAAGGAAAGUGCCAAGCUGGGUGAAGAUCUUAGAGCCUGCAAGCAAGAAUUUGAGAAGGAGGUGACAAAUCUCAAGGAUGCAAAUCAGCUAUUGAUUCAACAGAAAUUAGAACUGCAGGGCAAAGUAGAUAAUGCUAAUUCAACUCUGGAACAGGAGAAACAAAAACAUCAAGCUGUCAAAGAUCAGUUGAAAAAGAGAGAAGAGGAGCUGAAGAAAGAAUGUGCUGAAAUUGAAGCCAGACUGCACACAGAGAAAAAAGACAAAGAAGAAGAAAAACGGAAACAUGAGGAAAAGGAGACCAAGCUCACCAUGCAGGUCACAGCCCUGAAUGAAAACCUGGCUACCAUGAAAAAAGAGUGGCAAAGCAGUCAAAGACGAGUGAGUGAGCUGGAGAAACAGACAGAUGAUUUACGUGGGGACAAUGCUGUCUUGGAAGCAACAGUCCAGAAUAAUCAGGAUGAAAGGAGAGCAUUGUUGGAAAGGUGUAUAAAAAGUGAGGGAGAAAUUGAAAAGCUUCAAGCCAAACUUGUAGAAAUGAAGAAAAAGCUGGACAAUACAACUGCUGCAAUGCAGGAACUUGGCCGAGAAAACCAGUCAUUGCAGAUCAAACACACACAAGCUCUCAACAGGAAGUGGGCAGAAGACAAUGAGGUACAGAAUUGUAUGGCCUGUGGAAAAGGCUUUUCGGUGACAGUAAGAAGGCAUCACUGUAGACAGUGUGGAAAUAUCUUUUGUGCUGAAUGCUCAGCAAAGAAUGCCUUAACUCCUUCUUCCAAGAAGCCUGUCCGAGUCUGUGAUACUUGCUUUAAUGACUUGCAAGGAUAACUGGCUAUCGUGAGUGACAAAGAAAUGUUACACUAAAAUUUACUAUUUCUGUUGAUGCACUUCAUUCUGCACUCAGACUACUAUUCAGUUUGGACAAUGAUUGUAACACUUGGCAAAAAUCUAGUAUAUUUUAAAAUGUUUAUUGAUACCAAGCGAAACUAUUGUAUUUUUUGUGAGACAUGGGCUCAGAUCAUCCAUAGCUUACUGACAUUAAUCAUGGAAAGAGCUUCUAUGUCUAGAUUAGAAAUAUCCAGUUAUUUGUAAAUAAAGUUUAAACAGAGGAGUAACAAUGUAUUUUUUUAUCUUUUAUUUUUUUGUUCAAGAGAAACAGCAUUUAUGUGAUAUUGAAGUUUAUUCUUGUUUCCUUCAAAGAAAAAGGAAGAUGCUAAAACUUGUGAGGAUUUUAUGUAUCAAAUGUUGCUGUAAAAACAACUAAUUGUUGCAUUUGAUUGCAUAUCUGAUGGUCUUUUAACCGCCUGUGAUUUUGGUUUUUUCCUAUCUCUCUGGUUCUUGCAUUUUUCUCUCUAAAGUUUGAACUCCACAGUGAGGGUAAUGGCUGGAUUCAACUUCAACUCAGUUUUAUUUGCCCACUUGUAAAUCAGAAAUAUCAUCACCCAAAUCCUUAUCCAAUACAGCACUUGGGUGCUAGAACAUCUUUCUACAUACUACAUUGCAGAGCUGGUGUGUGAGUGCAUCUGUCUCUGUGAGAGAGUAUGUGUGAAUGAUGAGACAAAAUUUAUCUGGCAUUGUAGCAAUAUUAUGUGAUAUAUUAUAAUAUUUCAUUCACUUUUACAAAUUUGGUUGACACAUUUUAAUAUUCAAGAAAUCCUUACAUGUGGGUUUUAAAAAGCAAACCAACAAUGCUGGUAGAAGCCUGUAGUACAUCUCUGUCCCUGCCCAUACUCUGAAAGCACUGAGAGAUCACUGCAGUUCUAAGGGACAUCCAGACCUUCCAAGCCAGGUAUCCAACUAAGAAAAACUAUUUUUUGAGACAACUUUAGUUUUUUCUGGCCUUCUAUCCAUUCCCCACUCUUUUGGGGGAAGAAACUGAACUCCUGCUACACCUAACAAACCUCACUUUUCCAUUACUCCAUCUGACCCCCAUUACCAGGGGCUCUGAAGUGUUAUGUUAAUUAUGUGAUUUAGUCUGCUCUGAAUGGAAAACUGGCUUUGUUAUAAGCCAAACAGCUCCAACUAAGAGGCCAAUAUAUAUGACUAGAAAUAUUUAUUCAUGUUUUCUGUACUGGGAACAGAAGUUUCUUGUAGAGUUCAUGUAGGCUCCAGACUUCUUUUUUCUUGUGGUUUUGUUUGAAUGUCUUCAUUUAGGCUUACCUGUCUCUAACUUUUCUUUCCUUUGUAUCUGGUAUUUCAAAACCAUUAAGAUUAUUUCUUCUAAGCAGGGGUUGUGCCUUCCAAUAUUUAGGAAUUUUUUGUCUUAAAUACCCUAAUAAAUUGUCCACCCCUCAAGUGCUUCAGUAUCUUACCAAAUUUUGCCAGCUGUUGAGGGAAAAAGGUUUUGUCCUGAACUCCUCUACUUCUUUCCUGAGGCAAGGAAUCAAAUUCUGUCACAAUGACGGUAGCUUAAUCAUCAUUAGGAAGAUUUGUUUGCUUUUAUCUAGUUGCAGCUUUAUAUGUGAAUGAAGAAGUGUCUCCUUUAUAAAAAAAGUUUUGUCUUGAUUGACUGUCAAGUGAAGAAACUUCAUCCCUCUACUCCAGAAGAAGUGAUCUAUGUUUCAUUUACCCUUUAACUUACCCAGCAAGUUCUGCAUUUGCACUGUCAAGGAGUUUUCUUAAAAUUCAGUUCUUAUUUCCCAAAAGCCAACUUAUGUAACUUGUUCUUAUCACUGUAAAAGGGUUUGGGUUACAACUGUGGUUCAUACAAAACACUGACCUGUUUUUCUGGUUUGAGCUUGGGAGUUGCUUGGUCAAAAAAAAACGUGCUACAGCAAUUCCAUAUGAACAGAGCCUCUGGACUCCUGUUUUCUCCUCAUCAGUGUAACUGUUUGGCACAAGAAUCUUUUGAAUAGAAGAUAUGAACAGAAUCUCUGCCUCUGGGAAUUUUUUUUUUCUAUUUAUUUAUUUACUGAGAGAAACCAGAAAAAUUUUUUUAGAGUCUGUCUGAAUUUAGAAAUGUGGGAAAGGUAGAGAUGGGACAGUCAUGCUCCAGCCUAGAUGCAUUCUGCCCUUUUGUGUAACACACAAGAGCCUUGUGCAGUUCUUAGGGUGAAGGACAGUCACAUGGAAAAGGAGGGAUUUUUAGAGAGAAGGGAGAAACUUCCCACAGCUGCCGAAGAUCAAAACACGAGACAGGGAAAGAUGGAGAUCUUUCAGGGGAGCUGGGAAAGUGGUUAGAGGAUUCAGUUGUGUUUAGGUGUUUUGCUUUUGAUUGGGAAUUUGAUGGAGAUCUUUCAGGGGAGCUAGGAAAGUGGUUAGAGGAUUUAAUUGUGUUUAGGUGUUUUGCUUUUGAUUGGGAAUGUGUGAAAGCUCAGGAGAGACUUCUGGAGUGGUAGAAGCUCUGGAAGGGUUGUUCUUAAUUCAGCCUUUUGGGAUGCCAUUGUGUAAAGACAAACAGAGUCACCUUUCUCAGCAGUUGACUGCACAUCACACCUUGGUGUGCAGCUCUUCAGCUUCAGGGGUAAAACCAGCUUGAUUUUUGAAAGUUGCUUUUUGCUGGCCCGUUUAUAUAACCAGCUUUUUGAAGGGAAUGGAAAUGCUUUUUGAAGAAAGCAUUUAUAGAAAGAAGGAUUGUUAAAAUCUUGAUGAACAGUGUGGUAGAAACUUUCAUGCUUGAGCUUUGAUUCUGCAGCAAUAGGUCAUGAUUUCUACAGCUUUCCACUGGAGUGAAUUUAUGACUCCAUUGCUGAGUCUUAGGCUCCUUCUUUUGUACUUGUAAUUCUUAGUUCUGGUCUGUAUUUGUGGACAAGUUGAUGGUAUACUGACUAUAAAUAAUUGGCUUCACUGCCAGGUUGGAAGCUGUAUUCAAGCUCAAGAAGAUAUGCCAUAAUAAGGGAAACUGGAAGGUGCAAUGCUGUGUAUUUACAAAUAUGCUUGCAGAGUCUGACUGUUUUGAUCAGCAUGUUUCAGUAGGAAUGUGGGCUUUUUGUUCCACUGCCUUAAAAUCUAGCAGGAAAACCAAGUGAAAAACCUGGUGGCUUUUACCACAGUAAAAUGAAUGAUUCCAGGCAAAACAGUUUAAUUCAAUGAUUUUUCAGACUGCAGACACAGGAACAGAGGGGAAAACUAGUUAAAUGGCAGAAGAGACUGAGUCUUGGAACUGGAGGAUGUACAGUGAUGAGUUUUCACAGCCCCUAGCAAUAGGCAGAUUGCUCUGAUUCACUGAGGAGCAGCCAUUAUAGUGGAAGAGGUGAAAAUAAUGACAAAACCAGCACUCAAACCAGUAGGUUUGUGAGAUCCUCAGGCAGCCUUUGGGUACUAGAUAUUACUAUGGCAUCAGGAAUGGUACAGUGAAGUGUGGGCUUUGUUCUUGAAACUGUCCCAUCUGCAGGAUACUCUAUCUGCAUUCAGAGUUGCUGUGAGAGCAGAAUGUGAGAGACCAGCUGCUUCAUGGGCAGAGACUGUGGAAGCUUUUGUAAAUGUGUAAAGGACAGUCUUACUAAGGGUGGGGAGAGGUUCUUUUAACUUCCUGGAGACAACACCUCUCUUCCCAAUCAAAGACCCACAGUCCCUUGCAUUUUUGCCCCAUAAAUGCCAAAUCCAGCUGUUCCACUCUGGCCUCAUGUGAGCAGUACAUCAUACUGGAGACAGGUAGCAUUGCAGGCUGUCGAUCUUAGCUGGCUCUCCUUCACUGUUGUUUAUUUCUUCUCCCCAUGUACUCCCUAAUGUAAUCUUCCCCCUUCUGCAAAAGUUGAAUGAAGAGGAUAAAAGUAAUGAGUCACAGUAGGAAAAGUUGCUGUCUGGAGAUGAAGAGACAAAAGGAAUUUUCUGCUUCAGCUUCCAACAGAGGCAAGAGGUUUAGUAGGAUCUCAUUUUUUCAGCUGGCUUCACUGUCUGGCACAAGAGUCCAAAUGAAAUGAGGUGGAAAUGUGGGUUCUUGCCUCUGUUUUUGGAAGGUGUCAAGUAACCAAGUUGCCAUGGAGUGUGGAGCACAAAGCACACAAGAACGAUGAGUAACUACUUUUGUUGGCUUUGGGACCAUUAGGAUUGUUUGUGAAUCCUCACUGGAAAAGCAUUCUUAUUAAUGAAGAAAGAAGGGAUUUGGGAGCAGAAGCAUGAAGUAACCUCUCUAUGUUUGUAUUACAUGAGCCAGAACAAUUGAGCUUCUCAUGCUAGAUGUAAGAGAAAUUACAUUCAUAAAGGUACCUGGAAAACUCAGCUGCUUUUCUGGAUUGUUAAGUGUCAGUUAACCAUGGAGUGGGAGCAAAUGCUUGCAAAACUUAAAAAAGUUAUGGCCAGUACUCAGUGAUGGACAGGAAAAUGCUGGAGCUGAAGUUCAAAUAGAAUCUAAACUAUGCCAAGAAGAAUGAUUUAAUGAUUUGAGCAUGUUGAAACUGAUAAAUUACUCUUCCAGUUACCACCCCUUCUGCUCUCCUAUUCUCAGAGAACUACGAAACAACACUGUCAUUUGCACUGUGCACUUUUUGCUGUCUAAGAGAAUCCAGAGUAAGUGAAAUGGCAUCAUGUGCAUUGCAUGUGUUAGCUGUAGUCAUUGGACAGCAGAUUUAUAAUCAGCUGGAUUUUUCACUGUAUACAUUUGGCCCUAAGGAGAAUUGCACUCACAGUUCCUUUGACCAAAAAACACAAUUGCCAUCUGAGAGCAUGUAUAACAAAACCAUGUUCAUCACACACAUGUCUUUGUAGAACUUAAUUUUAUGAUUAUAAAAUGAGGAAAAAAAUAAUUUUAUGUAUUUGCAAGGAUCUUACCAGUUGUCCAUUUCUUUAGUUUUGAAGUCUUUACCUCAGCAUCCCUUUUAGAAUAAGUUUAAAAUUGUUGUCCAAACACAGCAUCUCCAAAAGCACUAAUUGAUGUACUUUUUAAAACCAGCUAUAAUUGCAUGUAAGUCCUGCCACAGAAAUGUGGUUUCUGAUGUAUUUCUUCUGUUUCUUUUUAAAGGGACACUGAAUAAAAAAGUUUGUGUCUUUAGAGAGAAUAUUAGAUACCACUUAAGUUCACAGUAAUGAAGAGUGUAAGUACUAGGUAAUGUAUAAAUUCUGCCUAUUGUCUGUAGCUCUCCACAUACUACCACUCACUCUGCAGUGGAUAGAGAAUUUAGAGAUUGAUGAAGCCCUACUACCCCUUUGGAUCAAUGUUGAAUGAAAGCAGGAACCUGGAAAGCAUAUUUUCUCUCUCUCUGUGACUGAAACUUAACACUAAACCCAAAUUUGUCUGUAUUUCCUGCUUUUUUUUUUUUUUUGUAAGGAGAGCUGGGAAAGGAUGUUCAUUGUUAUAUAUCAACAGGUCAGUGCUGGCAGGUCCAGGCUACUGCUGUUGGCUUUAUGGCAAAGUCCUCCAUUGUGUCACGCUGGAGUUUGAUUCCUGGCACAAAAGGGAUGUUUGAAAGGAUGUCUCACUAGGUUAGCAAACACCACAACUUUUUAUAGUAUUAUGUCCAAAAUGCUGCUUGUAUAGAAGUACUCACUUUUGUAAGAAAAGAAAAAAAGUCACAAAAAUAAAGUCACACCCCCCGCUCCCCCGUUUGAUGCCAUUACAUAAGAUUUAAUUUAAGCUACCUCUCAAUGUGAAAUUCAAAGAUUAGGUAAGUCUAAUAAGGUUUUCUCACUGUUAUGUAAAAAUUAUAGUGAAUGCCAAAAUUGCAAAAGUUUAUCACCAAAAAGGAAAAGAGUUAAGUAUUUUUUUUAUGUGUAUUUGAAAAUAUCCAACAGUUUCAAGUUAUUAUAAAUUCUUUUAACUUCUGUAGUGUCAACCUUGCAAACACUAGCUGCUGGCCAGGAAAUAAAUUAUAACCACAAGCUUUCAUAAUUAUGGUCUGCUGGGUAAAACCAAUUUUGUAUGGAGCUUUGUUGUUUGGUUUCAGAUAGUCUCAGUCACCAAAUAUACCAUUCAUUUGGUCGUGGUUUUUUUCUUCAGUGCUCGAGAUGUGAACUUGAUGAAUGGUGUUCUGUAAUGGAUGUGUGCCACAAAUUACAUGGUCUCAUUUGCCUCUUUUCUGACUUUUAAUGAUCAGUUUAUUAUUGCAGAUGUGAAUAUUGUUCAUACAGCUUAAUUUCUGUAUAAUUGUAUAAAAUAUAAAUGGAAGAAAAUAUAAGUUUUUACUUGGUAUUUAGAAGUAAUGUAUUAUAAAAGACUUAUGUUGCAGUUUUACUUACAGAGUACUGUAUUUCUAAACUGGAUCAUACCAUCUUGGUAGGUGUAGAUAGAUUUUUUGCAUGAGUCUGUUUUGUUUUUAUUUCUUCUUGAUUGAAGUUUUAGUCUCUUAAGUUCUAUUUUCAGUGUUUGUGUUUACUACUUGUGAUCAUGUAGUUGUGCCUUACAUUGUGAAAGAAUUUAGUCCAGUGUCCACUGUAAUUCUUAAACUCUGUGAUCUGGAAGGUGGCUGUGGAUUUGAAUGGGAAGGUGACACCAUGCAUCAAUGAGUUCUGUAUAAAUUAUGAUGAAUUGUUGCUGAAAUGUCAUUUUUGUUUUCUAAUCUGUUAAAGGAAUGGUUAUUAUUAAUAAUAAUAAAAAAAUUAGACCUUUCUAAUA